GCCGAGGCUGUAUGUCAUGUGUUUGUCGUGUAACUUGCAGUGUUGCAUUACCAAUUUUGAUGCUUUGUAAUGAUAUCUUCUGUGCUCUAGCCUACAGCUAUGCAUACAUGUAUACAGCACCAGAUGUAGCAAAGACAGACAAAAGUUUACAACAAGACUCUCUCUCUUCUGUACUACAAACGGCCUGAAGAGCAGGGAUGUUACUUCCUUACCGACAUGGUCCCUGAAAUGUUUUCUCCCAUGGGCUUAGGAGCUCUCAUGAUUGGUCACUCAAAUGGAGAAUGCAUGGGACUGACGGUUUGCAAUGGCAUGACAUACACUAAAACUGUGAUGAGAAAUGGAAUGAAGACAGACGUUUGGGUUAUCGAGGCUGGGAUUGAUGACAAUGGGACUGUCUAUGUUGAUGCUAACACAGAAAUUCCAUAUGAAUCAGUUUGGGACCAUCGAGGCCACCACUCACAUUUUCCAUCUAUGCACACAGUUGCACACACCAUCAUCACUCCUGGAAUGCCAAAAAAUCCAAUUCAACUGCCAAAAGGCUGGGAGCAAGCGUGUGGUCAUUUUCUUAACCCAAGAGUUAAUAUUACAAGUGUGGGCACACAAGGUGCAUUUAUAUCAACACCGAAAGGCAGUGCUGUGGUCACAUUCAACUUAUAUGACAAACCUCUAUGGGGUAACACAACAAUUACACUCACACCAAACUCAACCGAAUGCCUUGACUGUAUUGAAGUCAAGCCCGAUCACCUUGUCUUUACGCCUAAAAACUACACUCAAUUUCAGGAAGUUAAGUUGAUCUACAAGAAGGAUGGAGUCGUAAGCAUUGAUAUGAAAGCAUCGAAGGAAUAUCACUAUUUGGUCUAUCCUCACUACCUUCGUGUCUGUGCUUGUUCGGGUGGUGCUACUAACGUCACAUUUCAUGGAUCACUUCAAAACACUAGCUGUCCCUGACAAUGAACGAUUGACUGACUUCCUAGGAUGUUGAUGGCUGCUGCAAUGAGCAAAGCAGUGGCUUGCUGUUUGUUAAUUGGUUUUAGUAGUCACUGCUGAAUGGAACUAACAGUGCAGUAGAUUGUUGGUGUUUUAGAAUAAUUUUGUUGUUGCUCUAGAGCUGGUGAAUCACAGAAAAAUAUCACCAGAU